AUGGAUAGAUCCAGAGGGCAGGGAAGGGCAUUGCCCGCUGAAGACAAAAGGAAGGUUUUAGGUCCGGCUGGGACCCGGAAUGAUAGAUCGCUGCCUAUGGGUGUUGGUAAUGCAAGUCGUGAUCGUCAUGCAAUUCUUCACAAAGGUCGGGCAUUCAGCACAGCAUUUGAAGAUGAAGAUGGAUUAUCGAGUCAGAAUUUUCUGGUCAUAAGGGAAGCCCAGGAAGGUCCGGACGAUAUUGGAACUCAUUGUACAUGCCUCUCAGUGACGCCUUUGAGAAAAGACUUGGACUUGUCAGAAUGUGGGAUUAUUCAUGCCAGCUCAACCCAACCUCCAUCGAUAAGGGGAGUGAAAUUUAAACCCCUCCAGGUCGACGUUGCAAAGGACACUCGAUUCGAUGCGCCCAUGUUGGUUAAUUAUAUACAAAUGCUCAAUGUGGACACUAAUUCAGAGGUUAAAGAUAUUGGGAAACUACGACCAGAAUCUAUAGAAGACUUUAUGGAUAAUUUCAAAGAUUCCUUGUUUGAUUCGCCACAAGACAGAGAUGGAAGAAGUAAUAAGCACGGGAGAAGGAAAGGUAGGGGUGAAGAUGAGAGCUCACGCAAACCACCGCAUGAACAUAGAGAGCCUAGAAAACCACACUCCAAGGCACCAACAGCAUCCAACACACGCUCAGCACCCCCAACUGCAUCUGGUUCUAGCUCUGUACCAAAUGGCUCGGAAGCUACAAGUAAAAGACCCAAAUUACGUGGCCUUGAUGUUCCUGAAAAUACAAGACGGCAAAAGCCAAAGGGGUCGUCUCAUGAUUCGGAGGGAUUAGAGGAUGAUCCAAAUUCCCCAACCAGAGCAAGAGAAGCAGAAAACAGACGGUUACAAGAUGCUAGGAAUAAUCCACGAAGAGGUGGUCCUCUACCAGUGGACCAACUUCGUGGUACCAAAGAUCGUCACGAGAGAGACAAACCCCGCAAGACGAAGAGAAGAAGGGAAAUACCAUUAGGAUCUUCACGUGCAGAUAUAGAACGAGAUAGAGGAGAUGAACGGACAGGUAGACCAGGGAUAAGUUUGUUGCCACAUUCACCUACUAAGCGAAAUAUGAAUCAUCGCAAGGAUGGCGACGAUAUCUCAAAAGCCUCUACUACUGGUGUCCCCAUUCCGAUUCCGAUAGGUGAUUCUUCGGAUAGAGGUAAGCAACGGGAUAGAAAUAAUACAGGAGUUCCACGGGAGAUCGCGUCAUCACGCAAAGAAGACGCCCUCAGAAGAAACGAUAACCUACGAAAAGGCGAUGAUCGAGCUGGAAACUCUCGAUCUCGUCCUCAAUCUCCUGAUAGAGCACUUAAUGAUAGAGGACAAGACUACGGUUCAGAUUGGGAAGAAAAUGACCCCAUUGAUGGAAGACGCGGCCAGAAAGGAAGAGGUGCGCCACAGGAUGCAAGAAAUCUUCCAUCUCCAACAGGUCGAAGAGACGAUCCGACCGAUGGGACUUCUAGACGUAGCAUCCCUCCUGAUGAAAUUCGUGGCCGUCCUGGAGAUUUAAGCAACGGGCGUUCCAUACCAGGUAUUGAUGAUAGAGGACGCCCGUUAGACAGAGCAGGACAUGAUCCCCGUUCACUGUCUACCGAAACAAGUUUACCAGGCAGAUCUCGACCCAACGGACUACCUGGACGUGAUGGAAAAAUGAAUCCUGCCACUGGCGGUAGACCACCUGGAAGAGCACCUGAUCGCAGAUCCAUGUCAAAUUAUCCUCCCCAAUCUCGCUCGAAUGGACGGGAUCCUCCUCAAUCUAAUUCAGAUGAUCGUCGACAAAUGCGACCCCCUGGAUCUGGUGCUCCUGAUCGAUCAGAUCCUAGAUCAAAUAAUCGCCGCUCCAUCUCUCCACGCCUUCCUGUACCUGCAGCUGGUCAUUCGAGACAGCCAGGAGGCGGCUCAGGUGGUGCACCGUUUAGAUCUCAACCACCGCCGUCUUCUCGUGGUAGAGGACCCCCUGGGAGAGGGCCACCGUCAUCGGGUGGUAGGGGACCAUCUGGUAGAGAUAGUUCUCCUAGGAGGAAUUUGCCACCAUUAAAUGCUCCUGGUUAUAGUUCUCCAGGUGGCGGUCGAUCACCGAUGGGUGGUUCGUCGCCUAUGUCGAGAGGACCUCCAGGUGGUGGAUACUCUGGGGGUAGAUCACCGGUUGGGGGUCGUUCUCCUAUGGGUGGUCGUUCUCCUAUGAGUGGUCGUUCUCCUAUGGGUGGCUCAUCGCCAAUGUCGAGAGGACCUCCUGGUGGCGGCAGAUCUCCGGGUCCAUCAUCGCCGAUGUCAGGUGGUGGCUCACCUCGUGGGUCUCCAGGUAGUUUAUCACCGGGCAAUUCAAUAGCAGGUGCUUCACCAGGAAUGUCGCCUGGAGGGUCACCUGGAGGAUCACCUGGAGGUUCUCCUGAAGGCUCUCCUAUUGAGUCACCAGGCGGUUCAUCAGGAUCUCCUGGAGGAUCACCCGUGGAAUCACCUCCUCAAUCUCCAGGUAACCGUCCAGAUUCCCCAAUGGGGUCUCCAACGGGAUCUCCAAUAGGAUCACGUAGAGGUUCUAUGGCAAGUGGAUCUUAUGUUGAUUCGCCUCAAGAGAGAUCUCCAAUGGGAGGCGCUUCAUAUCGCUCGCCAAUGGGCAGCGGACCUCCAGUCCUGCAAUGUCUGAAGAUCUCGAUCGUUGAGCCCUCCACCUCGCGGACGUCUUCAAUCUGGCGGAUAUCUCCAGGGCCUAGCUCUCCCAGAAGUCCUGGAAAGUCUAGAGGGCCUAUCAAUGGUGGACAGCCACCUUCAAGUGGAUCUCAUAACGAAGAGCCAUAUAUAGGUGAUGAUGAUGGGUGCGGGUGUUGUGAAAAUGGCUGUGCUGCGUGGUGGAAAAGUGUUGUAGACUGGUGGAAUGGUGUUGGACAAGAAGAAUGGAUUCAAAUGGAAGAUCAGAAAGACAAUGGAAAACAAAAAUCUGAACCAGAUCAAGGUCCGAAGAUGAAGAUGCAAAAUCAGUCACCAGCGGUGGCAGAUCCUGGUAGUCCUCAUCGACAAAGGAUCCUUUUGAAGAUGGACAAGGAUGAUGAAAGCACUGCGGUUAGUUCAGAUGGGGAAAAUAGUGGUGUUGAUCCUGAUGGUGAAAGCGAGAAUGAAGAUGGUUCUGAUCAAGAAGACCCCGAUGCUGAUACUCGCUCGAAUUCGGAUGCAGAAUCUGAUCAGGGAAGUGAAGAUGAAGAGGGGCCUGAUAAUUCUUCUGCCACAGGUUCGAGGCGCUCAUCUACAGCAGUAGCAUCUGAGCUUGAUCAUCAAGAUUCUGUUCGCGAAUCUGCUGAUGAUCAUCCUCAACAUCCACCAAACAUUAAUCAUCCUGCAAACGAGAAUUCUUAUUCUGCGAAUAACCAGUACAUGGAAACUCCACAGGAUUCUUACAGCUAUCUUCCCAAUGACGAUCGCGCUUACAUGGGUCAACAUAAUUACGCACCUCAAAAUGGACACCCAACCAAUCCAAGUGACAUCCCACCUCAAGAGCUAGAUAGUGCAUACCCAGCCGCCCAUUCCGCCAAAUCCGCUGCAACAGCCUUUCCCUCCAUUCCCGAAGAUGCAGCAGAACUAGCAACAGACAAUAGUGAGCCGCCAAACCCACCACCCUAUGCUCCCAUACCCUCAACACCUCAACAACUCUCACGACCUCGCUCUACUCGCUUCGAACUCGCAUGCGAACGUGAUCCUGUAGAAUUAGAAGUCCCUCCUAUACCGACUACGCCGAUGGCUAGUGCUAGAACACCUUCUCCAUCUCAUCAUCCUCCUAUGCCUCAGAUUCAAAGUUCCUGGGCUCCUCCACAACAACAAACACAAUUCCCCCCUUAUCAACCACGGGGUCCACAAGCGAAUUUCGGUCCUUCGCAAUCUCAACCACAGUUACGAUCCGGAAUGAAUUAUGCGCCACAAGUUCCACAAGCUUCGCCUCCUACUUAUCCAGGUGCUCAGAGAUAUGAUGCAAGAGGUAAUCAAUUUCAUGCGCAAGCUAUGCGUCAACCUUCUCCACAUCAGCAACAGAUGAGGGGUACGCCACCUCCUGUAGUGCCGGCGAGAAGUGAGAUGAGACCGCCUAGUUUCCCGUCGCCACUAAAUUCAGCUAGAGGUGUGGGUGGGACUGGAUUGAUUUAUGGACAGGAUGGAAGAGAUGCACGAGGAGAGAAUGGUAAGCGAGGAGGUCAAGAUCUGAGAGGUAAGGAUUUAAAAUCCGAAAGCCUAAGAAAUAAAGCUCCACCGUCUAGAAGCCACAGAAGUUCCUAUGCAGAAAGUGAUUCAGAAUCCGGAUCAGACUCGGACUCGGAAUCAGAAGCAGACUCAGCUUCAGAUGACGAAUCAGGAAGUGAUGAUGAAAAUGGAUAUAAUCAUCAAAGAUGUAUGGAUGGAGAAAGUGAUAGUGAUGAUGACAGCGAUCUUGAUAGUGGAUUCGGAACUUAUGAUGAUGAUUUGGUUGCGAGAGAAGAUGAUAUGCAAUCAAACUUUGGGGGUCCGGGACCUCAAGAGCGGGAUGGGAAUAUGCAAGUUCAUCCUCCUCCGCCUGCUCCUACUUCUGGACCUGUAACAGCCCCACCCCAAGCCCAUAUGAAUGCUAGAGGGGUAGCAGAAUUUAACUAUGGUGCACCCAAUCCAAAUUAUGCUGCACAAAAUCCAAACUAUGCGGCGCCAAAUCCAUACAUGGGACAAAAUCAGAUGCAAAUGCACACGCCCCCGGAUCACAACCAAUAUCAAAAUAGGCAACCCCAUAUUCCUGGACCAGCACCCGCACCUGCAGCGCAUAUGCAAAUGCAUAAUCCAUAUCAAAGACCAGGUGAUAUACCACAUAACCCUCAUAUACCACAUAACCCUCAUAUGCCACCACAAGCUCCGGGACAUAAUCAAUACAAUAGACCGGGUGAUAUGUUCAACAAUCCUUAUGGACGUCCUGAGCAACAACAAGAACAGCAACAACAACCGGCGCCUCGCGCACCACACCAACCUCAGCCGUCAGCUAACAUACCAGAACAAUCUCGAAGACUUAAGCCUGAGACUCAAAAAUCUCGGCCACAUAAGGGAGUGGAAGAAAGCCAAAGAGAUGUUCGCGGAAAGAAAAAAUCAAAGGAGAAGAAUCAUCAUGUUGAGAAACCUCAUGUGGAGAAAUCACGCAAGAAGGAACGACCUCCUGUAUCUAUGAGUCCGCCAGAAUCAGCACAUCCACAGCCCGAUAAUGAAAUUAGUUUGAGUCCGUCAGGACAGUCACCUUUUGAGCAGGAAAAUGAGCAAGAGCAAAUGAGAGAAGAGCACGAUAGUGAUAGUGAGAGUGGUAGUGAUGAUGAGUCGGGACUGGAAGAAGAUCCAGAGACUGAUUCCGGUUCUGAUGGUGAAGAAAGUGAUGGGGAAGAAGGAGGAGAGGAAAAUCAUCCAGAUGCAAAUGAAGACGGAGAAAUGGAGAGUGAUGGUGAAAGUUUAGCGCCUCCGUCUCCAUCUCCAGUCCAGGAAAAGAAAGAGAGAAAGCGACGGGGAGAGAGUGAUAAGAGUAGAGGUGGGAGUGGAAAAGAAAGUGGGAAAGGAAAGGAGAGAUCGAGAGGAGGGAAACAAGGUGGAAGGGGUGAGAGGGGUGGAAGAGAUAGAAACGGCAGGGGGAGAGAUAGAAGAGGUAGGGGAAGAGAAGAUGGUGUGGAUGUUGGGGGGAAGUUGAAGAAAACUUGGGAUUUUUUGAAGAAGUUGGAUUAUCAUGAGAAGUGA